CGCGAGUACCCGAGGCGCGGCGGCGGCAGGGCAAGGGCCAGCAAGGCAGACGAGUCGCGCCAGGUCGGGUAACGGUAGCGCGGCGCGCCUGGUCGAGUCCAGUCCGCACACGGCCCCAGGUCGGCUACCGUUCGGCCAUCGAUACCUACCCAUGGCGCCGGGCCUAAAAGGCCGGGCGGCGGCACGCGAGCGGGCUGAGCGGACGCGAUGACCACCGGCAGCGACAGCGGCAGCGCGCUCCCCGCCGCCAGUCACCAGCACGCCGCCGCGGCCGCAGGACCCGAACCCGCGCGCGACUCGACGACGCCGCACUUCCGCCGCGCGCGCCCGCGACAGAGGCAAAAUGUGAUGCGCGUCUCCGACGAGGCCUGAGGACCCCGUCGACGACAGCUCUGGUCCCCGCGGACUCGCCGUGUCGUCCGCAGGCUGUGCGACAUGAGGCGGCCGACGUCGUCGCUGCCCCCGGUGCUGCUGCUCCUGGCCUGCGCAGUGACGUCGGUGACGGCAGCCGCCGCGGCGCCCGGAGGCGCAGGGGGACUGGGGGGGAAGUCCAGGUCCCGUCACCACCGCCUCCGAGAGGCGAGGAUGCGGCUGGCCGACGUGAACGGACUGCUGCUCCCACCUCCGGUGACCGUCCCCCUUCCAGGACAGAACAGAGAGCUGGAGAUGGACGCAGCGCAGUUCCUGGACCUGGACGACCUCCAGCAGUACCAGUCCUACCCUGAGUUCGUCGUGGAGACGCAGCAGGGACUUCCCAUCGGCCAGCCUCCCGAACAUCCGGGCACGGAGCUCAACUUGCUUCCGGAUUCGGACAUACUUCCGGGCCGUCCGGGCCUUCCGGGACCCUGGGGCGGCGACCAGAAACUGGAGCUCAGUUUGGGUCCCUGUAUCCUUCAGCUGUACGAGCCCUGCACCGAUUCGGGUAGCAUCAUCUUCUACCAUUUCAGCGCUGUGGACGGAAGGCCAUCCGUGUUGUCCGUCGAGGACCCACAAAUACCGGAAAAUUUCGAGCCCAACCUGCCAACCAAAGUGUUAAUACACGGCUUCGCGGGGAGUGUGGAUUUCAAUUUCACCGCCUCGAUUCGACAAGCCUAUCUGCUCCGAGGCGGCUACAACGUGAUCGUAGUGGACUGGGGUCGGCUGACACAGCUGCCCUGCUACGCAAGCUCGGUGCUGAACACCUGGCAGGUGUCGAGGUGCACGGGGCAGCUGCUAUCGCACCUGGGACGCCUGCAGCCUUCUCUACGACCUCCGCACCUUCACCUGGUAGGCUUCUCGCUCGGCGCGCACAUCGCCGCGUACACGAGCGCCGAGCUGCUAUCCACCACGGGGAUGAAGGUCGGCCGCAUCACAGGCCUGGAUCCCGCUCUGCCAGCCUUCGCGUCCCUAUCGCCAUCGUGGAAACUGGACUCGACUGACGCGGACUUUGUGGAUGUGAUUCAUACGAACGCCGGGGUCCUGGGCAAGGUGGAGCCUACAGGGCACGUCGACUUCUACGUUAAUGGCGGAUCCCUUCAACCCUUCUGCAUGACGGGAGACAGAAAUAUUCCACUCUGCAGUCACCUAUUGGCUCCUGUUUACUUCUCUGAAACAAUCUUGGAUGAAACGUCGCAUUGGGGAAGGCAGUGUCCCUCAUAUGCUCAUUAUGCUUGGGGUUGGUGUCCUAAUCCCCAACCUCAUGAAGUUGGAAACCAUCCAGGGGUGUUCAUGGGUGAGGGAAUCAGUCCAAGAACUCGAGGUACCUUCCUAGUCGAAACUGCGGCCCAGUAUCCUUUUGCGCUGGGACCACCAUCUCCGAACAUGUUUCCUCCCGUACCAACUAUGCCACAAGAUACAUUCCUGAUAGUCUUUUCCUAAAAACAAAAAACAAAAAAAGUAAAAAAGAUAAAUAAAAACUUAAAAAUUGACAAAAGCAGAAAGUUA